AUGGUGGACAUCGCUAUUAUUUCGGGCGGUACCGCUACCAAUUCGAUUCUGGACGUCAUACAGGAACUUUCGGGGUCAGAGUCGCACAUCGGGUCGGUCUCGCACAUCCUUCCCGUGUCGGAUAAUGGAGGAUCCACUUCUGAAAUUAUUAGAGUUCUAGGUGGCUGUUCCGUGGGGGACCUUCGCUCGAGAAUCGUACGACUGAUUCCUGACAAGAGCAGCAGCUUGCGCGAGCUGUUGUCGCAUAGGCUUUCUGCGAAUUCAAAGGAGGCCAAGUCCGAGUGGGAGCUGAUUGUGGACGGGUCGCACGAGCUGUGGGACCAGGUAGAGCCAGCGUGCAAAGAAAUUAUCCGCAGUUUUCUGAUUCACGUACAUAUGGAGAUCCUCAAACGGUCACGAAACAGUGCCAAGAACUUCCGUUUUGAGCUGGCGAGCGUCGGGAACCUGUUUCUCACCGGGGCACGGCUGUUUUGCGGAUCGUUGGACUCGGCCGUGGAGCUGAUCUUACGAGUGGCCCGUGCUCCCUCAAGUAUCAACGUCAUCCCGUGCUUGAACACAAACUUCACCUACCAUAUCAGUGCGCUGUUGAAAGACGGCACCAUCAUCACCGGCCAGUCACAGAUCUCGCAUCCGUCAAGACUGGAAACCUCAAAGCAUCCAAUCGAGGAGUCCAGCCUGCCGUACCCGCUCGUGCGCUCAGACUCACUCAUCCAUCCGCCCCCUAUUACUCCCUCUGGAAGAACAUCCCCUGUCCAUAAACAUCCCCUGUUCUCUGGGUCCACCGACCAGCUUGACAGCCAGGCCAUCAUCUAUGGCCAGUCCGAGCCCAGAAACUAUCCCAAGCUGCCAGAGUCCGACAGCGAGGGCGAAAGCGAGUUUGCAGUUCCCAGCUACAUCCAUCCAGAUCUGAAAAAGUCGCAACUGCACGUCGAUAAAGACGACACGGCUCCUCUGCCUGCCCCAAUCGAUCGGAUCUUCUACAUCUCGCCUUACGGCGAGGAAAUAUAUCCAACAGCACAGUCCCGCGUGAUAAACUGUCUUUCCAACAGCAACGUGAUCGUUUACUCGAUCGGAUCGCUGAUGACAUCGAUCAUCCCCGUGCUAAUUCUCCAGGGAGUCGGUGAAGCGAUUCUCGAGAACCAAAAAAAGAAAGUUCUGCUUCUCAAUGGGUGUCUCGACAGAGAGACCCAGAGUUUAGACGCGUUGGGGUUCAUACAGGCUAUCCACAACGCGCUUGCGUACUCCAUGCGCCUGAAUAAUAAAAGACGGUACGGCACGUCCCAGGGCCAGGAGCUACCGUACUCGUCGUUCGUCACCCAUCUGAUCCAUCUGAACCCAUCCAAAGAGGUAGUUGUCGACACAAACAAGAUCGAGGGUCUCCAAAUCAGAUGUGUGGGGGUUCUUCCGCAAAAGAACAAUCCGCAGAACUACGAUCAGGACGACUUGCGCCGCAAACUACAGUCCAUAGCCAACGAGUAA